CUCACUUUCUCCUUCGUGCCACCCUUCCCCCCACGCUGCAGUUAGAACCGAACGGAGUCGUCUGUGUCGCCGCUUCUGCUGUUGCCGAACGGCUGAUCGACGAAACGCUUUGCGUGGAGAUACUACCGGUCACCCUCGACGGGCCUUGCCCGGUCGAGUACCUGAACACAGUGCUAGUACAGCAUAGAAGAAACAUUUUAUUUGGAGAAAAUUCAUCAAGAAUCUGAAGCAAAAUGCGACCAAUGCGCAUUUUUGUAAAUGAUGACCGCCAUGUCAUGGCAAAGCAUUCUGCGGUUUAUCCAACUCAAGAAGAGCUGACAGCAGUUCAAAACAUGGUUUCUCACACUGAACGUGCUCUCAAAGCUGUUUCUGACUGGAUUAAUGAGCAGGAGAAAGGUAAUAAUGAGCAGCCAGAACCUGACACCAUGGAGACUGUAGCUGAAGAAGAAAACAAAGAAGGAAGUGAUCAGAAGACUACAGAGCACUUGACUAGGACACUUCGUGGAGUGAUGCGUGUUGGUCUUGUAGCAAAAGGCCUCUUGCUGAAGGGAGACUUGGAUCUUGAGCUGGUUCUGUUAUGUAAAGAGAAACCCACUAUUGGUCUUUUGGAAAAAGUAGCCGACAAUCUCAGCACACAGCUUGCUGCUAUUACUGAAGACAAAUAUGAAAUUAUUCAAUCUGUCAGUGAUGCUGCAAUUACAAUUAAGAAUACAAAAGAACCUCCACUGACACUUACUAUUCACUUGACAUCCCCUGUUGUCAGAGAAGAAAUGGAAAAAAUGUUAGCUGGAGAAACGCUAUCAGUCAACGACUCACCGGACGUUCUGGACAGGCAGAAAUGCCUUGCUGCCUUGGCGUCACUCCGACACGCCAAGUGGUUUCAGGCCAGGGCAAAUGGCUUGAAAUCAUGUGUCAUAGUCAUCAGAGUGCUGAGAGAUCUCUGUACCCGUGUUCCUACUUGGGCUCCACUUAGAGGAUGGCCUCUAGAGUUGCUUUGUGAGAAAUCAAUUGGAACAGCCAAUCGGCCCAUGGGAGCUGGUGAGGCACUGAGAAGAGUUCUUGAAUGCCUUGCAUCCGGAAUAGUUAUGCCAGAUGGUUCUGGUAUUUAUGAUCCUUGUGAAAAAGAAGCCACUGAUGCUAUUGGGCAUCUAGACAGACAACAAAGGGAAGAUAUCACACAGAGUGCUCAGCAUGCUCUGAGGCUUGCUGCUUUUGGCCAGCUUCACAAAGUCUUGGGGAUGGAUCCAUUGCCAUCAAAGAUGCCCAAGAAACCCAAAAAUGAAAAUCCAGUUGAUUACACUGUCCAGAUCCCUCCUAGUACAACAUAUGCCAUCACUCCUUUAAAACGUCCUAUGGAAGAAGAUGGAGAAGAGAAAUCUCCAAGCAAAAAGAAAAAGAAGAUUCAGAAAAAAGGUAUUGAGUUGACAAGAGAGGAAAAGUCAGAUCCUCCACAAGCUAUGAAUGCUCUUAUGAAACUGAAUCAGCUAAAACCUGGACUUCAAUAUAAACUAGUAUCUCAGACAGGUCCAGUUCAUGCUCCUAUAUUUACUAUGUCUGUGGAAGUUGAUGGCAUCACUUAUGAAGCUUCAGGACCUUCCAAAAAAACAGCCAAAUUGCAUGUAGCAGUCAAGGUUCUGCAAGACAUGGGACUGCCUACAGGUGUGGAAGGCAAAGAGAGAGGUGAUGAAUCAGCAGAAGAAACUGAUCAGAAACCAGUUGCAGUUGCUGUUCCUCCUGUAGUGGAAAUUAUUUGUACUCCUAGUGCUGCUUCUCCUUCAGAGCAAACAGAGAAUGUGAAACAGCAGGGACCAAUACUGACCAAGCAUGGAAAAAAUCCAGUUAUGGAACUCAAUGAAAAACGACGUGGCUUAAAGUAUGAGCUGAUUUCAGAAACUGGUGGCAGUCAUGACAAACGAUUUGUGAUGGAGGUUGAGGUUGAUGGCCAGAAGUUCCAAGGAGCUGGUUCAAAUAAAAAGGUGGCAAAAGCUUAUGCUGCACUGGCUGCAUUAGAAAAGCUUUUUCCAGAUGCACCUGUUCCAAUGGAGCAGAAGAAGAAAAGAGCCCCUAUGCCAGCACGAGGUGGACCCAAAUUUCCUGUAAAGCAUAAUCCAGGCUAUGGUAUGGCAGGACUUAUGCAUGCUGAAGUACCUCCUCCUCCAAGCAUGCGGGGCCGGGGCAGAGGAGGAAAUAUACGGGGACGGGGACGGGGCAGAGGUGGAUUUGGUGGAGCCAAUCAUGGAGGUUAUAUGAAUGCUGGAGCUGGAUAUGGAAGUUAUGGCUAUGGUGGCAACUCUGCAACAGCAGGCUAUAGCCAGUUUUACAGUAAUGGUGGCCAUUCGGGCAAUACAGGAGGAGGAGGUGGUUCCUCUGGCUAUGGUUCCUAUUAUCAAGGUGGUGACUACAACGCGCCUGCUCCUCCUAAGCAUGUUGGGAAAAAACAACAACAUGGUGGACAGCAGAAACCUUCUUAUGGCUCAGGGUAUCAGUCCCAUCAAGGCCAACAGCAACAAUCAUAUAACCAAAAUCAAUAUGGCAAUUAUGGUCCGCCACAAGGCAAGCAGAAGGGCUAUAACCAAGGCAACUAUGCUUCUUACUCAAAUUCCUACAACUCUCCUGGUGGCAGUGGUGGAGGAUCAGACUACAAUUAUGAAAGUAAAUUCAAUUAUGGUGGUGGACGUGGAGGAGGUGGUGCAAACAGCUAUGUUUCAGGAGGUGCCUCCUACAAUGCCAGUGGCUAUGGGGGAGGAGCUGGGGGAGGAGGAUCAUCUUACCAAGGUGGAUAUUCUCAGUCAAAUUACAAUUCUCCAGCUUCAAAUCAGAAUUACAGUGGACCUCCCAAUUCCUACCAACCUCCACAAGCUGGAUAUGGCAGAAAUGACCACAGCAUGAACUAUCAGUAUAGAUAAACUAGUUUGUUCUUGAUGGGUCUGUAUCUUUGUUUCCUAAAUUUGCAUAACCUUUGAAUAUUAAGUUUUAUUGCAUCACAGUAAACAUGUAAACCCUGUUUCCAUGUUGCAGUGCUCUUUGUGAUAUCAGUCACUAAUGGUUGAGUACAUUGUGAUUCCAUAAUUAGCUGUAUUUUGGACAUUUAAUGGUGUAUUUAAUGGUUUGUUUAGUUUGCCAUUUCAGUUUUUUUUUGUCUAAAUAGAAUUUGAGUUCAACAUCCCUCUUUUGUUUAAAUUAAAUUCAGGUAUUAACACAGGAUUGCUUUAAAUGGAUAAGGGAUGUUUUCUGCUUUUGUGAAGUGAGUUUUAAAAAGCUUUCUGUAUUUUAAUGCUUUAGUGUUUUUCAGUUUUAUAAGUGAUUUAUUUUUAAAUUUGUGGGAAAGAGUGGGUUUGUAUGUCUGGGUCAUUCAGACAGUUCCUGGAUUAUGCUGAAUGUAGACAAAUAAACAUAAACUCUUCAUGUGUC